CCGACAGACGCCACUUGCGCGGGAAGGCGGUUAGUGGUGGCACUAGUGGCAGUUGGUGGUUAUUGGUUGGGGGUUGGGGUGAAUGAGGAGGAUCGAUCGAUCGGCGCGGCGCGGCCUACUCCACGCUCCACGUGGCUCCGCGCUCGAGAGACGCUACUUGCGACGGGCAUUAGGAAUAUGAGAUUUGGGAGAGAGAAAAGCAGAUCAAUUAGGUUAGCGUUCUGCGAUUUCAAUUUCUCGCUGCGCUCGCCGACGAUCCACCACAGGGCCUGAUUAUCGAUUGUUUCUCAAGGUUGUAAAGAUAAAGGGAAACGCGUCCGUUCUCCGAGAUGACUAAGCAACGCAAAAACGUAGGGAUCACUGCGAAAAUCACAGAACCCCUGCUGACGGUGCCGAAGCCGGGGAUCACUCAGCGCAUGGCGCCAAUACCUUCCGUUCCUGCUCAGUCAAAGUACAUCAAGCUGCUGCGAAUCAUAGAGCUGCUUGGUCGCGACCUUAAAAUCUGUUAUACUGGUGACAACAUUGACAAGACGUUGCCUAGGGUUGAACGCGACCUCGCGAGGGCGUGUUCGCUAGUCCAGCAGUGCCGUGCCGAGGCUGAAAAAAUUGCCAGGAAAACGUGCAAAUAAUUGAGAGGAACAAAUGGCGGAAGACGAGAUAAACGUGCGUACUUUGGCCACAUUCGAGACAACAUUGCCAGCAGACACCGUCGAGUGGUGUCCUGUAGAACCAUAUCGACACAUAUUAGCAUGCGGAACAUAUGGUUUAGUUAAAGGUGAACCUGGCACGUCUACGUCCAGACGGGGACAAAUCUUGUUGCUCCGUAUAACAAAUGACGGAGAGUUAGAACUGUUGCAAGAAGUAUGCACCUCGGCGGUGUUGGAUAUGAAAUGGCUGCACGUCGUAGACACCGUGGAAACUCGUGUAUUACUCGCCGUUGUCGACUCCACCGGAUACUUACAAAUCCAUCAGCUAGAAAACGACGGGGAAAAAAUGGAACUGGUACUUGUCGCUAAAUUAAAAGUCAACGACGACGAGAACGUCCUGGCGUUGUCUCUAGAUUGGUCUCGUGAAAAGUACACCGCUUCUUUUCCCAUCCACGAUACGAGUAUCCUCGUGAGCGAUAGCGCAGGACAAAUCUCUCGUUUCACGUGGCGUGAGUCGGGUGAUCUGACGAAGGACUUCACGUGGCCCGCACAUAUGUUCCAAGCGUGGAUCGUCGCCUUUGAUUAUUGCGACCCGUUCAUGUUUUAUUCUGGAGGCGACGAUGAUAGGUUUCUGGGUUUCGAUUGCAGGACAGGAUCUCGUCCCGUAGUCGAAAGCAAGGAGCAUACUACCGGCGUUACCAGCAUCCACAGUAACGUCAACGAAACGUUCUUGCUCGCAACUGGAAGUUACGAUCAGAGCGUAAGAUUGUGGGACAAGAGGAAUUUCAAGAAACCGAUAUCGAAGAUUUGUCUCGACGGUGGAAUCUGGCGUUUGAAAUGGGACCCGUUUACUCGCCAAUACCUGUUCGCCGCGUGUAUGCGCAAUGGUUUCAAGAUCAUCAAUCAUACCGACGUAAUAUCGUCUGUCGUUGUCAAUUAUAAGGAGCACGAAGGUUUGUCGUAUGGCUGCGACUGGUCAUUCUUGAAGCAGCCGGAUCUCUCACGUUUAAACAUACCUGACGGAGACACCUUGAUCAGCACUUGCUCCUUCGAAGAGUUUACGGGGACCCUCAAGAUAUCUGUGAUUGACUUUUGGCCGGAUAAACACACCGCCGAUGAAGACUGUUAACCCGAAUAAGUAUAUUCCUGCGAAUUAAUGUGUCGUUACGGCAAUUUUUAGAAAAAUGAAACAGGUAUGAUUCACAAUUUGUAUAAUACGCUUAUUUAUACGUUACAGAAACUUGAGCGAUUUCGGUAUUUAUAUUAAAAUAAUAAAGGAAUUAGAGUGACAAGUG